AUGGCUUUCAUUGCUUCUUUGUUUAAGGCUUUGUAUUUGUCUCUCUUGUUCAUCACCGUUGCAAGUACCCGUCUGACCAAUAGGCAAAAGGUUUUUAAUGUCCGACGAUAUGGUGCUAAUCCUGAUGGAAAGACUGAUAACGCAAAUGUGUUCGCGAAUGUAUGGAAAAGCGCAUGUGGAAGAAUAAGUGGAAGUAGUAAAAUAUAUGUACCAAAAGGAACAUUCUAUCUUGAUGGUAUAGAGUUCGUAGGACCAUGCAUAAACCAGAUUGAAUUUAUCAUUGAUGGAACUUUAUUGGCUCCUACAAAUCCUAAGGACAUUAAAAAGGAUACGUGGAUCAACUUUAGAUACAUCAAUGAUCUAUUUAUCUCUGGUGUCGGUACACUCGACGGUCAAGGGAAGCAGUCUUGGCCACUCAACGACUGCCAUAAAAACACCAAUUGUCCUAAACUAGCUAUGACAAUGGGAUUUGCAUUCGUGAACAAUUCAAGAAUUGAUGGGAUAACAUCACUCAACAGUAAAAUAGGACACUUCAAUUUCUUCUCAGUCCAUCAGUUCAACAUUACCGGCGUCACCAUUACGGCUCCCGGCGAUAGCCCAAACACUGAUGGUAUUAAGUUUGGUUUCUCUAGCAAUAUUCACAUCUCUAACACAUUCAUCGGUACUGGAGACGACUGUAUCGCCAUCCUUUCGGGAAACACUAACAUGGAUAUCUCUAACGUCAAGUGUGGUCCCGGACACGGGAUUAGUGUCGGAAGUUUGGGGAAGAACAAAGACGAGAAGGAUGUUACAGGUUUAACGAUAAGAGACACCGUUUUUAAUGGCACAAGCGAUGGUAUACGAAUCAAGACUUGGGAAUCUUCAGCUUCAAAGAUCAUCGUCUCUAACUUUGUGUUCGAGAAUAUUCAGAUGAUUGAUGUUGGAAAACCAAUUAACAUCGAUCAGAAGUAUUGUCCUUACCCACCUUGUGAAAAUAAGGGAGAGUCUCACGUUCAGAUACAAGACAUUAAGUUAAAAAACAUAUAUGGGACCUCGAAGAACAAAGUGGCAGUGAAUCUACAAUGCAGCAAGAGCUUUCCAUGCAAGAACGUGGAGCUAGUUGACAUUAACCUAGAGCAUAACGGAGUCGAAGAUGGUCCUUCUACUGCAGUGUGCGAAAAUGUUGACGGUUCUGCUCAUGGUAAGAUGGUUCCUCAGCAUUGUAUGGGUUGA